GAGCGGAUUUCGGGCGCAACGACGGACCGCGCGACGCAUGAUGGCCGACGCCCAUGAGCUCCUCGAGAUGGAGACCUUCGACGCCAUCGAGGACAAGGACAGCUCCAAAGAUGUGGAGAUGCUGGACCCCGUCUUGAUGGCCGACUCGGAGACGUUGUGCCAGACCAUUAGCCAGAUAUGCGCGCUCGAAGAGCAACAACAGCCUCACGGGAAGUGUGGCGACGCCAUCUCGUUUCUGGACGAAUGGAUGGAAGACGAGAUCCGGCCGCCGGAAACCUUGGUCAUCAAGGUCGAAGUGACGCCCGACACGGACAGCCGACGCAGCAGUACCAACAGCGCUGUCGAGCAAGCGCUCUACUGCGACGACGAUGACGGCAACGAGAUGAUGAUGGACGACAAGUGGGUCUCAGUGAAAGAGGAGCCGCUGCCCGUGCCCGUCGAGAUCAACAACCCGACGCUGCUGCCAUCGCCGCAGCCCGAGAUUGAUGACUCGGACUUGCCGGCGAUGCUCGACAUGUUUAGCGCUCUCUACUCGGACGCCACCGCACCAGUCGCCAUCGACGAGCCCAAGCCGACACUGAGUAUCCACAUUCCGGGCCCGGCAGCGAUGCCACCGGCCGUGACAUACCAAGGCAGCCGCAUUCUAGCGCCGCAGAGCACGCCAAACGUGCCAUUGCCGUCGUACUUCAACACACCGUGCUGCGACAAGUCCAAGCCGCCGCCUGGCUACAGCAACUACAACUCGGGUGUGUCGCCGUAUCCCAUGCACGCCGUCAUAUCCCCGACAUACCCAGCUGUAGGAACGCUGGCCGCACGCACGAUUGUUCGAUCGAGGACACCGAAAGCGCUGCCUCGCAUGUCCAUGUCGCCCGACGUGGCCGAGCAAAAACUCAACCGCAUCUUCUUUCAGUACUCGGAUCCGCUCACCAAGACGAUGCUGCUCGCCCAGCUCUUAGUGCUCUUGAAGCGACACCGUAUCAAGGAAGACGCGCCGCUAAAUCUGCUCACGCUCUUCCCACCCAACGACAUCAACGCGCAGCCCUUUCCGUACUCGCUCUUUGGUGCUGGCAGCCAGCAGCCCCUCACGUUGGAGGGCUUUCAGAACGCCUUCCAGAUCUGCAAUCGGUGUACCGAGAUCAAGCGCAAGCAGCAUAGCACCAACGACGCGCGGGAGCUGCAAGAAGACGUGGCGCCAGUCAUUGUCCGCGUCGUUCCGAGCAUCUACGAAGGACCCAAGAUCAAGAGCUGCGACCAUUUUCAGUGGACGUGGUGCGAAGGGUUCGAGAAAACCAAAACGAAAAGUGCAACGGAACCAACCGCCACGACAAGUGCCCCAAGUACCUCGCCAACUGCACGCUGUGGAAGCACCGGCUACCGCCCAAGAACCGAAAGGCGUCCAAAGACAACGACACGCAGUGCUGCGACACGAUGGACUCGCCCGCCAAGAAACUUAAGUUCUUCACCUAGUCCAUUGUUUGUUCUGGUUUACUGACCUC